CAAAUCCUAAAAUAAUUCAUUCCAAACAAAGCGAGUGUUCGCAGAAACUUGCAAAACCCUCUUUGGUGCUUCGUUUCUCUCUUUUGUUUCUUUCGCUAUAACAUUGUAGUGGCAGUGGGAAUAGGAGUCUUCGAUUUAGAGAAGUAGAGAGAGAAGAUGCCAGGGGCAACAAUGGAGAUGGAACCAGUGGAGCCACAAUCUCUGAAGAAGCUCAGUUUCAAAUCCCUAAAGCGAGCUCUCGAUCUCUUCUCUCCUCUCCAUGGCCACUUAGCCCCACCUGACUCUGAGAGUAAGAAGAUACGCAUGAGCCAUAAGCUCAAUAUGGAGUAUGGAGGGAUAAAAACCACAGAGACCCAGCUUCCUGCCCAAGCGAAGUCAGCUGCACAAGAUCAAUCUCAGCAAACUCCAUCCAAUGCUCUUGCCCUUCCAGGUGCGGACAACUCUAGAGAUUCGCAAAAGGGAAGGGACCAAAAUGAUUUAGUUGUUGGUCCGUCUCUGCAAUCAAAGGGAUUAACUGAUGUUGGUUUUUCAGGCAAGAACACUGCUGUUGUUUCUACUCCUGGUUCAUCUGAAAGGAAUCUCUCAACUUCUGCCCUUAUGGAAAGAAUUCCAAGCAGAUGGCCGCGCCCUGUAUGGCAUGCCCCGUGGAAAAACUACAGGGUUAUUAGUGGCCAUCUGGGAUGGGUGAGAUCUAUAGCGUUCGAUCCAAGUAAUGAAUGGUUUUGCACAGGUUCUGCAGAUCGAACAAUCAAGAUAUGGGACGUAGGUAGUGGACAGCUAAAGCUCACACUAACUGGGCACAUCGAACAAGUACGAGGGCUUGCUGUUAGCAACAAACACACAUAUAUGUUCUCUGCUGGUGAUGACAAACAAGUGAAAUGCUGGGACCUUGAACAAAAUAAGGUUAUUCGUUCGUAUCAUGGUCAUUUAAGUGGUGUUUAUUGCUUGGCUCUUCAUCCCACUAUCGACAUUCUUCUUACUGGAGGUCGUGAUUCUGUCUGCCGGGUCUGGGAUAUCCGUAGCAAGAUGCAAAUUCAUGCACUCUCCGGGCAUGACAACACAGUUUGCUCAGUUUUCACUCGGCCUACGGAUCCACAAGUCGUCACUGGUUCCCAUGACACUACUAUAAAAUUCUGGGAUCUUAGAUAUGGUAAAACAAUGGCAACACUCACACACCAUAAGAAAUCUGUGCGAGCAAUGGCUCAGCAUCCUAAGGAGAAUUGUUUUGCUUCUGCGUCAGCUGACAACAUAAAAAAAUUCAACCUUCCAAAAGGAGAAUUUGUGCACAACAUGCUCUCUCAGCAGAAAACAAUCAUCAACACGAUGGCAGUCAAUGAAGAGGGUGUACUGGCUACAGCAGGUGACAAUGGGAGUCUCUGGUUCUGGGAUUGGAAGAGCGGUCACAAUUUCCAGCAAUCCCAAACAAUUGUACAGCCGGGCUCGCUCGAUAGUGAAGCUGGCAUAUAUGCGGUCUCCUAUGAUGUUACCGGUACAAGACUUAUCACUUGUGAAGCCGAUAAGACCAUCAAGAUGUGGAAAGAGGACGAAAAUGCCACCCCAGAAACUCAUCCAGUCAACUUCAAGCCGCCUAAAGAUAUUAGGCGGUUUUAGUCGUAUGCUGAUCAAAGUGUUCCCCGUAAAGCAGUUUCCCUUCUAUGAAGAAGCAGCUUCAUGAAUAGCUUUGUGAUAUGUUUUAACUUAAUGCUAAUUUUCUAAAUGUGGGUAUUUUUGCAAAAAAAUGAAUUAGAAAAGUGAGUUGCGAUAAAAUGAUCUAGAAAAGCUUUGUGAUAUGUAACUGGAAGUUAAUUAUCUAAAAUGACAAAUUUUAUAACACUUUUUUUUUUUUUUUUU